AUGGAGAGUGCUAAACUAGUUGGCACUCCUCUUGCACCUCAUUUCAAGCUUUCAGUUGAAAAUAGUCUACAAAGUACAGAUGAAGAGCAUAUAAACCAUAUGAAGGAAGUAGUCAAGUGGAUACUGAGGUAUCUAUGCUCAUUAAAGGAAGCAAGAGUCUUAUAUAGACAGAAUGAGUCAUCCAAUGAUGAAGUGAAUGGUUAUGUAGAUAUAGAUUAUGCAGAGGAUUUGGACAAAAGGCAUUCUCUAUCAGGUUGUGUUUUCCUAUGGGGGUUGAUAAGCUGGAAAGCUAGUUUACAACCUAUUGUGACCCUUUCCACAAUAGAGGCUGAGUUUAUUACACUGUCUGAGGCUGUGAAUGAAGGUUCGAGUUACCUAAAAAAGGUUAGCUCAAGUCAGCUCAACAAGCAAAGGGGGAAAGGUACUCUGGAUGCUUACAAAGGUGGAGAUUGUUACAGAAAGAACUGA